ACGAGUGUUUGUGCAAGCGCUGCGGGCCGGAGGAGCUUGAGCUCAGUCGAUCCUACAAGCAAAAAAAAAGAGAGAACCAAAGCAGAAAAUCAUCUAGCAGAGCUUUAAACCGUCACUGCUCGGUGUGGACGCGACUGUUUGCCUGCAACCCGUCAGUUUCUGCAAGCAGGCAUGAACUUUUAUGAGCCGCAGUCUCGCAAUGAACGACGGAGUUACAUCGUUAGCUUAGCUUAGCUAACGUUAGCUAUUUAUUUAUUUACGUAGCCGUUAGCUGAAGCUAAGAGCUAGUGGCUAACGGCGCUUUAAAUCGAAGUAAAACGCAACGGCGUUUGCCUUCGGAAUAAACAACGACCGUGACAGACGGGUCCUUGGAGUUGGCCAUCCAGGGUGCUGUGGGACACAGAGGAAUGAGUCAUGACCUCUGUUGUGGUAAUAGACGGUGGAGGGAACAUACUGGAGUAUGUCACUGGAGAAGAGGAGGCACAGCAGGAGGUGUGUACUGAUGGGGUGGUUCUACGUGGAGAAGAAGUGGAGUGUCCUGCAGUGAUCGUGGAACAGGUGAACAGUGCAGAGGUGGAGCAGUGCUAUGCUGCUCAGGUGCUUGUGUGCGACGAUGAAAACACCUACGUCAUGCAGGAUGUGGCUGAAGAGCAAGUAGUGGAGACCGAGCUGCAAGACGAUGGCACAGUGGAGGUCUCGGUUCAAGACAAAACCAUCGAGGCAGCUGAAGCUCUCUUACACAUGGACUCUCCAGCCAGCCUGCAUGGAGACCACAGCCCAGAGGAGUUCCUGUCUGAGAUGGAAGUGGAGGUGAGAACUGAGGAAAUGGGGCCCGUUGAAGACUCCAUCACUGAGCUUGAGCAGAAAGAUCUGCAGAAAAGAAAACGAGCAGGGCGGAAACCCAAAACGCCACGAGCCCACUGUGAUGGCUCCUUGGAUCUCAUUUAUAAAAGGAAAUCGAAAGAGAGCAGGGGUACCACCACAUAUCUGUGGGAGUUUCUGCUGGACCUUCUGCAGGAUAAAGAAACUUGUCCCAAGUAUAUCAAAUGGACUGAAAAAGAAAAGGGCAUCUUCAAAUUGGUGGACUCAAAGGCAGUGUCCAAACUGUGGGGUAAACAUAAGAACAAACCAGAUAUGAACUAUGAGACAAUGGGAAGGGCACUCAGGUAUUAUUACCAGAGAGGUAUUCUUUCCAAGGUGGAAGGCCAGAGACUGGUGUACCAGUUCAAAGAGAUGCCCAAAGACAUUGUUUUCAUUGAUGAUGAUAUUGAUGAUGGUGUCGAUAAGGGAAAGAGACAAAGCCCCACAGCAGCCGACUGCACAACUCCAAAAAAGAGGAAGGGAAGAGUGUCUCCUGUGUUACCUUCAACACCGAUCAUCAGCAUCUCCUCAGGACCUGAAGGCCUUUUAUCGGUGCAGCAGUCACCUGCUACCACACCAACCGUUCCCAGAACGGUGAGGCUGGCCAUGCAGGUCCCGGUCCUCAUGACGACAGCCCAGGGUCAAAAGGUCUCCACGGUAACAAUCAAUUCACCCACCGGUGCCUCUCCCAUCCUGACGACGGCCAGCCCGGUCGCCGGGGGCAACAGCGCAGGAAAAGUCAUGCUGCAGGCAGUGCCGACGCUGGUCCCUGCACAGGGCCAGAACGGAGAGCGGAUCACGCUGCAGCUCAUCACGCUCCCCGCGGGGCCGGCUAAGGCAGGCGGCCCCAUCACCCUCCGCACGCUUGCUCCAGUCACAGGACCCGCCGCCAGCGCCCAAGUCCUGCAGCUGGCCGUCCCAGCCACUGUAAGCGCCACUGUGAGCCCCACAGUGACUGCUCCAGGCCCACCUAUCACUGUAGAGACAGUUCACGUGCCAGAUACGAAGCCAGCCUUGUCUGUACAGGAUGUGAAGAUCAUAAAGCUUGAGCCUGUGGAGGCUGUGAUUAAGAGGCUGGAGACACCAGCAGAAAACUUGCACACAGAUCAGGCCAGCACGCAUAGCUGAGACGGUGUGCACAGAACCAAACAAGCAGCAUUUAGAGGAGAACUGAGUUUUGUCUCAUGUAUUUUGAACCACAGCAAGUGCAGAAGGCCUUUUACAAUAGGCAAUGUGGGCAUCAGGUUGGACUGAAGUAUUUCAGCGAUGAAACCAGCACUACAUACAGCCUAAUACCCCCCUUUCACGUUAACACUAUGUUUGACUUAUAGUCAGUCCCCAGCCUGAAUAUGUAUUAUGAAAAAAAAUAGAGCAAGAAAGAUGCUGUAUUUUUCUUUAUUGUACAUUUUCCCCUCUGUACUAGACCUUUUGACCGGUUUCUGAGACAGACCGUCUGAGCUGUGAAGUUAUGGUGGGAAGUCGUGCCUGAGAUGCUUCAGUUUUCACCAGCUCACCAACAGGAGUGGAAGGAACUCUGUACAUAAAAGUGACCGAAUACUCGUAGUGAACAAAAUGAAAAGAAAAAGAAAAAAAAAAAAAAAGACCAGCCUUGAGUCAUAAAUCUUGUUUUCCUUUACAUCAGAAUUGUAUGAACCUGAUUGUACUUUGCUUUUUUCCUGUGUAAAUAUGAAGAAAAAAAUCUUUUUGAUAUUUUUUACCAGGCAGUGUUUUUUACAGUUUGAAAAGCAACUGCGUCUUCAUAAGGCUCUUAAAGGGUCUUGGAACGUCAUCAUUUCACUGUCUGAGUUUUGAUGUUUUUCCUUUUCACUGCAUUUACCCUCUCAGCUCCUGCUUUCCUGCAGUUUGUCCACUGCUAUUUCUUUUUAUUUUACACUUGUGUACAAAAAGGGAGAGAAAGUUGUGUGUCUGUUUGGACUGAACUAUAUUGCAUAUUCAAUAUUUGAAGCAUUUAUUUUGUUGUACUCCUAUACAGACUUGUAUCCAAGUAGAUUUAAAUAUAGAGAACAUAAUUA